CUGGGAACAAGCUGUGGACCUUUCGUAUUCCAUGCGCACGGGAGGGAAGCCCAGACUCAUAGAGGAGGAUGAGGCUGCGGUGCAGAAGUUUCGGUCCGUGCCCCCAGGCUGGAGCUAUGAUCACGACAUGGAGCUGGCGCGCUUCCUCUAUGAUUACAGUAUGAAGGACCGUGGGAACUGCACCAAGGAUUACAUCAGAGGUGUCGAGGUCUCCUCAGAGAUGGACGACUGCAGUGCGGCCCACCUGACCGACAACCAGACCACCACCUGGGAGAGCAACGGGCCCCAAGGCCAGCACUGGGUGCGACUCAACAUGAAGAAAGGCACUAUUGUCAAGAAGCUGUGGCUGGUGCUGGACGGGCAGUCCCACUCCUACAUACCCAGGCGGGUGGCUGUGUACGGGGGGGAACUGGACAGACUGUAUCACCUGAGAACAGUCCUAAUUAGUGAGAACAGCUACCGGGAGGUCUGCAUCCUCCGCGACAUGAAGACCCACCUGCCAGUGCUGGAGAUCCGCAUCCUGGAGUGCCGGGAGCACGGGCAAAACGUCCGUCUGCAAGGGAUAAAGAUCAAGUCCUCCUGGGAGUGGGACCUGAUCCUCAAUGCUGACAUCUUCCAGCCUUCCCGGCUGGUGCGCUACCCACUGCUGGAAGGGGUAGACAAUGAUGUGCUGUACCGGCGGGCUGUGCUCAUUCAGAGGUUCGUCCAGCUCAUGGACAGCGUCCUGCAUUACCUGAUCUCCCCCUGCGAGUACAGCUCUGGCAGCUUCAAUGCACUCAGGAGCAUGAAGCAGUUCCUGCUGCUGUCCAAGCAGAGCACAGCCCUCAUUGCCCACUGUCUCCAGUCCUCGGAGACACCCCACCCUUACGACCUGCCAAAGCUGCACAUCAACCGGCACCUGGCCCGGGAGCACCGCGCCAACCCCGCUCUGGACCCCAGCUGCAAGAACACCGUAUUCUCCCAGCUCUACGAAAACCUCAAACCUCCCAAGAACAAUCAGCCCCUGGACUACAGGUGGCCCGCGAACAGCAGUCAGUGGUGGCAGUGCGAGUUCAUCUCCGAGGGCAUCAUCGACCAAGGUGGCGGUUUUCGGGACAGCUUGUCAGAUGUAUCGGAGGAGCUGUGUCCCAGCUCAAGCAACGUCCCCAUGCCCCUGCCCUUCUUUGUGCGCACCUCCAACCAGGGUAACAGCAGCAGUGACACCAGGGACAUGUACGUCCCCAACCCUUCCUGCAAGGAAUUCCCCAAGUACCAGUGGAUAGGGCAGCUGAUGGGAGGAGCCCUGAGGGGCAAGGAGUUUCUGACCCUGGCUCUGCCGGCACUGGUGUGGAAGCAGCUGGCAGGGGAGGAGGUCAGCUGGAGGAAGGACUUCGCCACCGUGGACUUGGAGCUGGUGAAACUCCUGGAGGUGCUGGACGGGGUGGACAGGGAAACCUUUGAGUUCAUGUUCGGCAGAGAGCUGACCUACAUCGCAGCCAUGCGUGCUGGGCUGCUCCGCGUGGUGCCCCAGCCUGUGCUGGACCUGCUCACCUGGCAGCAGCUGGAGAAGAAGGUCUGUGGGGACCCCGAGAUCACGGUGGCCAAACUGCGAAACUUCAUCAAAUUUGAGGGAUUUUCCUCCAAUGACACCCGUGUCCAGAUGUUCUUGGAGGCACUCAACAACUUCACCAGCGAGGAUCUCAGCCACUUCCUCAAGUUCGUCACUGGCCGGAGUCGCCUCCCAGUUCAGAUCAGUAUCUACCCGGAAAGAGCAGAAUUGAAUGCUAUGGACUUGUUGCCACAGGCCUCCACGUGCUCCUGCACCUUCUUCUUGCCCAACUAUUCCUCGGCCAAGGCCUGCGAGGAGCUGCUGCGGUACGCCGUGUACAACUGCGUGUCCAUCGACACCGACAGGAACGCCUGGGAUGAAUGA